AUGGGAUAUAAACAUUCAGCAGAGUGCACAGAAAACUCAGGUGAGGCAACUGUUGAAAAUGUUGACGUGGAAACUGUUGUGGAGGGAAGUGUUGUAGCAGAAGAAGGAACUGGUCUCGUUGAAGAAAAUGUUAAGGAUCACAAUAAGCCAAUCUCGCAAAAUUCUAACCUUAGUGAAUGGGAAGCCAGAAGGUAUGGAACAAUGACUGCAAGGAUUUUGCGAGAUAGCGUAGAAGCAGAUUGUUGGGAUAUUUGUUUAACGAUUGACACGCAACCAUGUGGCUCGAGCGUAUGUAGCUGUGUUCCUGUUGCAGUAAUUGCUGGUAUCUGCUUACCUGAUAUAGCAGUUGAGUCCAUUGCGAAGAGUCUUGAUGAAUAUCCCAACCUAUGUGUGUCUCAUCAUGAUUGUGUGAAGAAAGGCAGUGGCAACUUCUGUACUCGUUCUCUUUAUCCAAAUGUGCCUUUUGGCUGGUGCUCUCACUCCAACACUGAACCACUGAAAGGUUUCUUGGCUAUGCCUGAAACAAUUGACAAGUGA